AUGGGCGCCUCUUCCUCCACACCCAAGAUCACGUCUCACGAUCGGGCUAUACUGGACUUGAAGCUGCAGCGCGAUCGAAUAAGGCAAUACCAGAAGAAGCUUCUGACGAUUGAAGGCAGGGAGAAGGAAGCGGCUCGUCUCCUGCUCGCUAGGGGCGAUAAGGCACGAGCAUUGAGUGCUUUACGGAGGGGAAAGUACCAGAGGAGCAUGCUGGAGAAGACGGAUGGGCAGCUCAAGACAUUGGAGGAGCUGGUAUCUAACAUUGAAUUUUCCCAAAUUCAAGCAUCGGUGUACCAUGGUUUGGCGCAGGGAAAUCAGGUGUUGAAAGAGAUUCACAAGGAGUUGAAUACAGAGAGUGUGGAGAAGUUGCUCGAGGAGACGGCCGAGGCGCAGGCUCAUCAGAGGGAGGUUGAUGAGCUACUCGCAACAAGGAUGACUGCCGACGAGGAAGCCGAGGUGCAGGCUGAGCUUGACGCUCUAGAGCGGGAGGCCGCCGGCGUGUCCAUCGUACCACCCUCGACGGUGGCAGAGACAGACCGGCAAAAGGUACAGGCACCGCAACUACCCGACGCCCCUACGGCCGACCCGGUGGCUGCUUCACCAGAGCCGCCAGUGGCAGAACGGACAAAGCAGAGGGAGAGGGAGAGGGAGCCGGAGAGACAGGCGAUGCUUGCCUGA